AUGAAACUUAUUACUGUUUUAUUCUUUUUAAUUUUCAAUUCGAUAUUAUUGAGUUUAAUUAAUUCUGUUAAAAAUAAUAAAAAUCAAAACGAGUUAAAGGGAGUUGAGGAAACUUCAAAGGAUUUAACUUACAUAUUAAAUGAAGGGGCUGAAUCAUCGGUUGCGCCUCAAAUUCAAAUAUCUGAAGAAACAUUAAAAAUAAAACCUAAAGUAACAAAGAAGAAACCAACUGGAAAUAAUGAAGAAGAAAAAAAGUUAAAAAGAAAGGAAACUAUAAGAAAGUACUACCAGAAAAAUAAGGAAAAGAUAUGUGAGGAUCAACGAAAUUUGUAUUUAAAAAAUAAAGAAACUGAAACUUUUAAAGAAAAGCGCAUCCAAUAUAGAAAAAAGCAAUACCAAAAGAAUAGAGAAAGAUCGCUAGAAUAUCAACGAGAAUACCGUUUAAAGAAGAAAAAUGAAAAAGAAAUUCUAGAAAAAGAACUACAAUUUGAUAAAGAGGAAGGAAAUGAAUUUGAUAUUCCACAGACGGUAAAAGUCCAGCUCGCUGUCCGCAAAAGGCAUUUCUGCAAAAAUCAUUUACUGCUGCCCUUGUCAUUAUUUUUUUGA